AACGAUUUUAGAGUAUGUUUUGGUAUAAUACAUGUGUACGAAUAACAGAAUGAUACAGAAUAGAGAUGGUGAAAAAUAUUUUUGAGGGUGUGGUGGAACAAAAGGUGAAAAUGAUAGGUGGGUGUGGUCAAGGAUCUUGAUGGGAUCGUUUGAGAGGGGCGUGGUCAGUUGAAAAAGGUGGGUGUGAUUGAAGGGUGUGUAUAGCCAGUUGAAAAUGAGUGGGUGUAAGUCAGUUGAAGAGGUCCCCCACGGAGGGCAGGGGGGCAAGGGACCCGUGGGAACUGGUGGGGAGUUUGGAGAGGUCUGGGAGCCUGGCCAGUUUCAGAGUCAGCUCCUCCUUCACUCCCGUCACCCUCUCCAGCUUCGCCUGGUAGUGCUGUGCACCAGGAGAGAGGAGAGAGCAAACUUGUCGUGUAAAAAUGGCACCACUGCAGAACUCGAAAGAGCAAUCAGCAUACCGUAGUUCACUGCAGAACACUGACUGCCUAGUCAGAGAGGUGUCCUGAUUAGUCAAUAUGAA